AUGGACUUGGAUAGCAGCAUCAGAAUUGAGCAGGCAGGGAAUACAACUGCAAUUAGUGACCAGUGCUUUGUCACUAUUACGUUCCUCCAUGACAAGGAUUGUUUGGGCCGAUUCAUGCCACGGUUCUACAAGCGUCUGACAGUACAGCAGGAUAGCAUCUCACUGACGAGAGCUGGGUGGAAGGCCGCGUUCAAUGAUGAGGGGUUCUCGAGUGCUGCCAUUCUCAGAGCAGUGAAGGUGACUUGGGUGCAGUGGUCACUCUGUCUCGCUGAUGUUGAUGUUGAUAACAAUGAGGGCCUCCACAUUCUCUACAUUGCCCGCAUGGACCACCCUGAGCACCCAUCUAUGCAUGCAAUACCCCAGACUAUCCAGACCGAUCUCACCAUGUACUGGGUAGUCAUCAGAGAGACCAGAAACUCGAAGGGGUUCGUGCAUUCCUCGUGCAUGAUUCGUCCUUUCUUCAUCCAUUGGACAGAGGCUGAGGAGAGGCGAGUAAUAGUCGACAUCGCACAGAAGGAAAGUCUGGUUGAUCGCAUAACAUGUCGAAGGAAGGCGAUGGACGUUCCCCGAGGCAUCCUUGAUCCCAGAAAUGAGGACUUGGGUGGUGUGCUGGCGAAGAUAGCAGUGUGUUCGACCAUGGUGGGGGUCCAGGCAUCGGAGGGCUCCACAUCAGGAGAUGAGGAAUGGAGGGAGAGGGAGCUGAGUUCGGAUUCCCAGGGUUGUUCGAGGGUGGGUGGAGUGCGUACGGACGACGAGGAUGGUGGAUGGUGUGAGGAUGACUUGCAUGUAAUGGUCGUACUAUGGAUGAAUGCAUACCCAUCCAAGAUGCUCGCUUCAGAUUUAUGUUCCGCAUUGAGUUUCAACCCGGUGAACAAUGCACUUCUUGGGGACCACUCUGAGGACUGGUACCUGCAUCCGAUAACCCAGACCGUGGGAGCUGGGAGCCUUGGAGAGUUGCAGAUAUGGGGGAUCUGGAGAAGGUGGUCUCAGGAAGAGGAGAGCCAGUGGGAGGUGGAUUGGUUAGUUGUUGGAGAGGAUGUCGAAUUUGAAAUCGUUGUGGAGUCCUUGAUGUGUGCUGGGAUGGGGGGGGGGAGGGGCGUCUUACCUGGUGUAGUCAUUUCCCGCACUGCCACCCAUAAAGCCCACCCAAUUAAACUGCAGCAUCAACCUCAUCACUAUUGGCCCUAUCCUUUCGUCCCUUCCUAUACCACCUACAAAGGAGAUGAAUCUUCAUCAUGA